ACUCUGUGUUUGCCAAAACAACACAUGUUUUUGGACCUUAUUUCCGUAUUUCAAUAAUAUUGUAAUUUAAAAAUUUAUCACAAUGCCCAAAGCUAAAAAGAAGUUUAUAGAUCGUAAGAAAGCAGUAACUUUCAAUCUAGUUCACAGAUCUCAAAGAGAUCCUCUAGUAGCUGAUGAAAGUGCACCACAACGUGUCCUUGUACCGGUAAAUGCUAACAUACCAGCCAAGAAAGAAAAAGAUCCUGAAUUAACAGCAGAACAAAGGGUUGAAGAGCAGAGAAAGUAUGGAAUAUAUUUUGACGAUGACUACAAUUACUUGCAACAUCUUAAAGAUACGAGGGAGGUCACAAUGGUGCUACAGCCAAAAACAAAUCAUAAAAGAAAAGAAAAACAAACUAACGUAAAUGAAGGUCAAGAUGAAGAUGAUGAUGGAAUGGAUUUGUUGGAAAACAUACAGCUGCCCAGUUCAGUUUUUGCAUCGGAAGUAGAGGAAGACGUUGGUUUAUUAAAUAAAGCUGCUUCACAAGGGUUGUGUUUGGAUUUAGACCCCGAUGUAGUAGCUGCUUUAGAUGAAGACUUUGAUUUCGACAACCCUAGCAACCAACUUGAAGAUAACUUCAUUGAAUUGGCAAUGGGAGAAGGUGGCGAUGUUGAAGAAUAUGAUGAUGAAGCUGACAGUAUCUCUGGGGAUGAUGACUCUGACAAAGCGUUCGCUUCUGAUCUCGAUUCAGAUGACUAUAGCGAUAGGUCACAGGAGCGAAGACCCAAUAUGCCGUCAUGGGGUGACAAGGAUGAUACCAAAUCUCGAUUCUCUCAAUAUUCCAUGUCAUCGAGUGUUAUAAAGCGGAAUGAAGGUUUAUCAUUACUGGAUAAUAAAUUUGAAAGGAUGUUCGCAGAAUACGAUGACACUGAAGUCGGCGCGUUGGACUUGGAAGAGAUAGAGGGUUUUAUGCCGGAGACGCACGAUAUGUUGCUCAGAGCGGCUGAGGAGUUUGAGGAGUCCCGGAGGAAAUAUCAGCUCGAUAAAGAGAAAGAAAUAACAAGAAUACAUCGCUUGCAGGAAAUCGAAGAAGAGUCGGAGGAUGAUGAUCUGGUCACAUUGGAGGUUGAGCCCAAAGAGAAGUGGGACUGUGAAACGAUACUAUCGACAUAUUCUAACUUGUACAACCAUCCUAAAGUUAUUGAAGAGCCGAAGAAACCUAAAAAAAUAAGAAUAAAUCCAAAAACCGGUUUGCCUGAAGAUACUCUCGGUAAAGAUAACAAGCUCACUAUGAAAUCGCUUGCGAAAUUCAACGAAAUGAACGAUAACGACAAAGACAUGUCCGAUGAAGACGGACGGACCAACGCUGAAACUGUGCUGUCUACUUUGAGUGUUUUGUCUAUAAGGCCUAAAGAGGAAACGCCAGAAGAAAAGAAAGAGAGGAAACGUCUCCUCAAAGAAUACAGAAAAGAGAGGAGAGUUGAGAAGAAAGCAAACAAGGAAGUCUUCAAGGAAGAGAAGAAGCGACAGGAAAAGAUAAUGAUGAAUAAUAGAAAUAAUGUUCAAGGAAACAGAAUAUUGUAAAUAAGUUUAAUAAAUAUUUUUUAUUUA